AUGUCGCCGACGAGUCGAAGUCCACGAAAACGAUUAUUGGAAAAUGGUGUGAAAUCGGAGAAAUCAAUGUCGCCGUAUCGAUUGCGCGAGACGUCCAAACUGCCAUCAAGAUAUCGAGACGACGAGAAUUUCGAGGUGACCACGCCGAAAUCCAAGAAAACGCCGAAAAAAUCGCCACAUAAACGAAGUGUCGGAAAAGAGUCGCCCCCGCAUGAGAAUGAGGAUCAAUCGACGUCGAGCUCCGGCUCUGAGCGCCUUCAUCACGAGGAGAAGCGUUCCGUGGCUCGAAGAGCACUUCACGUUUCUCCGAAAAAAGAGGCGAUGCCCUAUUUGGUGCCAUCGCAAAAUAUUAUCGUUGGCGAAGAGGAGGAAGUCGGGCUUGAGAAGAAUGUCGGCGGCGAUAUUACGUUAAAAUUAGCACCUCAAACUAGCGAAUGGAUGGAUAUGCAGAGUUUUUAUGGAUUGUUCUCAACGGAUACUGAAAGAGACGCGAUUAUAGACAAAUUCUCCAGAUAUAAAACGGAGCACUCACUCGGCGAAAUAAUGCGAAUCAAUUUGAAAAAAAUGCACAAUAUGUUGCGAUAUCGCAAAACGCGUCAAUGGAUUCAUUGCGAGUUCUUCUAUUCGGGUGUCGACGAGCAAAUAUUUCUCGGUGAAAACGAGUUUGUCAAUAUUCUAAAAGACAUGUUCCCAAAUCUGAAAACCUAUCUUCUCAAUAAAACCGAAUGGCGGACGAUUCGGCGAUUAAUGGGCAAACCGCGUCGAUGCUCCGACACGUUUUUCGAGGAAGAACGACAGUAUUUGGAGAUGAAGCGCUCCAGAAUUCGAAGUGUCUACGCUGGAACGUAUUUGAAUGACCCAACCAUUGAUCUCAAAGAUCUUCCAUCGAAGCUUCCGAGGCCAUUGAUUGUCGGCAAUCGAGUUUACGCUCGAGUUCGGAAUCCGAGAGACGGCAUCUAUAUUGGAACGAUUGACGCGCUGCUGCCGAAAGGCUAUCGUGUGGUUUUCGAUAAUCGCGAUGUGCCGCCUACAAUCAUUCCUGAUCAUGAGGUCAUGCUCGACGGCGAGCCUGAACUUUGGAGUAUUGCUUAUUUCAUCGAGCAGGCCAACUCGAAGCUUCCUAACGGGGUCCGGCCGUUUGUUUCGGCAGUUCGAGACAUCAAUCGUCCGAAUUUGCUCAAAGAUGAGCUUGUGGCUCGAUCGCACGCCGAAUUUAAUGGUCCGUUGGAGGGUCCUGACGAUUUUCGACUUGUCAAUAAAAAAUCGGAAAUGGUUGGAAAUUUUCCGCUAAAAUUUCUAGUCAUUUUGAUGAAACUAACGAAAUUGGUGGAGCUCAAAAAGAAUCUUGUGAAGCAGCUAUCGGAUUUGAACACGGACGCCGAAGUUGGCAAUCUGCAUACGUCGAAAUAUCCGCAGGCGUUUAAGGAAAAAUACGCGCAAGUGAUUAUUGAUUUGGAGCACAUCAAUCAGCACAUUGAUACGAAUUUGCAAGGAAUUCAGGAGCAUAGCACAUAUUAUAUGGCAUCAAAUGAGCUCCUUAAUGUUGGGCCUGAGGCCGUUCGGAGGAUGUGUUUACAGCACGCUGGACGUUUUGUGGAGCAUUGUAAUCAAGGACUUAAUGUGGAGAAUGGGCGAGCUUUGACGCUGAUUCAGAGUCUGACAGCGGUUUUGUUGCAGGUUCGACAAAUGGGAAAUUCGAAGAUUUCGGCGCUUGACUUGCAGGCACUCAGCGAAUCGAUGAGCUCGAUUCGGAAUCAGAUCUCGCCGCGAAAUGCCGCCUACUUCCAAGACUAUGUCGAGGUGCACAUGAAGCAAUUCCACGCGAUCAUGAUCGAGGACGGUGCGAUUCGUUCGGAGGUCCUGCGACGAUGA